AUUAAGAAAAAAAGAAGAAGGUACAUUUCAGACCAAAAGCCACUGUUCUUUUAUUCUCCUUCAUACCAGAGAGAGAGAGAGAGAGAGAGAGAACUUGUAAAAAGGGUUUGAAUAAGUCAGACAGAGAUCACGAAACCCUAAUUUUGUCUCCCGAUGUCUACGAGAAACAGUCGAUGGGAGCUCUUCUUCUUAGCAGCUUCUCUGAUCUCCCUAACCUUAGCUUUACUUGGCCUAACGGAAGCAAACUCCGAAGGCGACGCUCUUCACGCUCUUCGACAGAGCUUGUCAGAUCCAGACCAUGUUCUUCAGAGCUGGGAUCCAACUCUUGUUAAUCCUUGUACUUGGUUUCAUGUCACUUGUAAUCAACACAACCAAGUCACUCGACUGGAUUUGGGGAACUCAAACUUAUCUGGACAUCUUGUACCUGAACUUGGGAAGCUUCAACAUUUACAAUAUCUUGAACUCUACAAAAACGAGAUUCAAGGAACUAUACCUUUUGAACUUGGGAAUCUGAAGAGUUUGAUCAGUUUGGAUCUGUACAGCAACAAUCUCACCGGGAAGAUACCGUCUUCUUUGGUGAAAUUGAAGUCACUCGUCUUUCUGCGGCUUAACGAAAACCAAUUAACCGGUCCAAUUCCUAGAGAGCUCACCGCUGUUUCAAGCCUCAAAGUUGUUGAUGUAUCAAGCAAUGAUUUGUGUGGAACAAUACCAGUAGAAGGACCUUUUGAACACAUUCCUAUGCAAAACUUUGAGAACAACCUGAGAUUGGAGGGACCAGAACUACUAGGUCUUGCAAGCUACGACACCAAUUGCACUUGAAAUAAGUUGAAGAAUCUAUAAAAAGAAGAAUGGGCCUGGGUGACCUUGUAAGAACUAUGUACCAUAUAUAAGUAACUCUGCACCAAGUGUUUGUAAAUCUAUAUAGUAGCGCCUUGUUUCAUGUUAAAAUAUAAGAGAGGUUUCAAAGACGGAAACAUGCAGUGUAUUGGUACUGGUAGACUUUGAGUGUGUUGGCGUUGGUAGAUGGUAACUUGAAUGAAUGUUAAACAUUCCAUAAUAAUAUGUAUAAUUGGGUUUGAUUUUUGCA